AUGUAUCCGUAUGGUCCAGUCCUUAGUCGGCUUCGAUUCCCUCUCUCAUGUCACGUCACGUUGUGUUUGCUGGCACUUCUCCACCUGGUCGUUCCCUGUUCAGUGUCGGUGAGUUCCGAAUACAGCGUAGUUUCAGACGAAAUAAAAUCCCCCACGAUCCUUAGUCCCGGGUCCGGUGGUGAAGAGGGGAGGGGGCGAUUCCAAUGCGUGAUGGCAACUGCCGUGCGGGUUCCAUGUUGUCUUUCCUGCAGCUCCAUCUCGUUGUAG